CAACGAUUUCUUUUUCGAUAUUUUUCUACUUGCAGUCCUUUCAAUAACUUUCAAAAAGUGCCUUCGGCUACUGAAAAAUACUUCGUUUUCUGCGUCAAAGUUGCCAUAACUGUAGUAAUAUAGUCAUAUUUUCUUCAUUAUAUACAAAUGAGUUCUUCAUAAGCAAUAUUUUUGUUUUUGUUAUUUACUUCUAAUAUAGUGCACCCUAUUACCCUAAAUAAACGUGCCUACCCGAGUCCAACGAAUUUUUAGUCUCUUCCUCAAUUGAAUUCAUUUUCUCCCAUUACACAUUUCGAUUUCCAUCAAUCAAUGCUGAUCGAGUUCAAUAAAAUGCCAGCAAGUUAGAUUCAAUGUAUCGUGAAAUUUUCUGCUAUUACCAACCCUCCGUCUACUUCUGACCUAACCAUAAGGCUUUCAACAAGUAGCCAUUGUUUAUUUGAUUUUAUUUGUUGAAAUUAUAGCAUGCCCCGUGAGAGUAUUCUGUGCACUGCAGCUUAGUUGUCAUCUCAGUCCCUAUACGAGUACAUACUACAAGUAUAUACAUAUGUGUGUAUGUAAAUCAUUUAAUUCACAAUAUCUGUUGCUAAUGGAAGCGGGAAAAGUAUAGCUUUGACGUUGUCGGUGACUGCGACAGAAACGUUCAAAAUUACCUCUAAUUGCGGUCACGUGUUUUCGAUUGCUGUAGCCGCGAUCUAACCAGUUGCAUAGAUCUGAAAAGCGCGAAAUACGAGUAGUGUUUUGCAAAGCGUACUCAAGGGAAGCUUUCAAUGUGCGUGUUUCGUAUGAAAGUGCUUAGAAAAGUUUGUCUGAAUUCUAUGUGCUCUGAACUAUUCACAAAACGAAUAGAUCAGAGUCGAAAAUUGUGCGCGGGUAUUUGUGUUUUCGAAGUACAUACAAGUAUAUACAUGUUUUAUAUAAGAAUAUGUGGCUUUAUGUAAUUAUGUCACGGAAUAUUCCAAGAUCAGUGCUACAUGAAAUCCAUCCUGGGUGUAUUUCUACCAUAAAAUAGAGUUUCUACCAUAAAAGUGUUUUAAGAGUUUGAGGUUCGACUAAGUUAUUGAACAUUUUAUAGAAACCGCGAUUUAUAUAAAAAAGUGUAUAAGAUUUUGAGAAGAAAUAUGGAAUUUGAAUGGCUCUCUUGGCUCUCAGUGGUGCACUACGUACAACAUCCUAUUAGAUUCCAGGAAACUAGGCACAUUAAGUAUUAUAUUUUAGAUGAAGAAUGGACUGUGUACAAUCAGCAUAUGAUCCAUAACUUGCUGAAAAGUGAAGCUAACUUGUUACGAGUAUCUAAUAAAGACUUGAAAUGUGAAAAGUAAAUUCUGCCGAUCCUUUGCACCAUUGUUUCUGAGUAAUUGCCAUAGUUGUGGAAGUAAUAUUUGUUGCCAAUAGCUUCUACGAAUACACAAUACAGUGAUCCACAGACACAGUGUUUGCCUAUUAACUUUGCAAGUAAUGCAGACAAGCGAACUCAAACUGAAGUGAUUUCUGAUUUCUGAAUAUGAAUUUAACAUUAUUAUUGUUGUAAGUGCAAGAAAUAUAGCAGUGUGCGAUAUAUACUACAUACCUACAUACACAUGUACAUAAUUCUUACAAGAGGUAUAGCUCCUCCGACGGGUAUUCGAACUUGUAGUUUAUAGCGAGCACUCGGCGGUGUUUGAAGGUGGUUCAUUGGAAUAUUUAUGAUAUGAACUAGUUGAUAUGAGUGGUAGAAUAAAAAUAAAGUGAUUGAAGUGCAUAAAGUGAAAUCUAAAUCAAAUGCUUAAUAAUAUUUAAUCGUGCAAUUAAAUUCGUGCUGCAGUAAGCAUCUUGGCAAGCUACUUGAACCAGGAUGUGGUAUUAGUUUGACUAAAACAAGUCCAGUAGAGUCGUGCGCGCUGCCUUAAUAAUUACAUAUUCGUGGCUAUGUAUGUGCAUAUAUACACAUGUAUCGAUUAGACUACGACGAGCGUUGUAGUAGUGCGCAGUUUAGUAAUCUAUCGUUGUGCAGUCGGAAUUGGAUUGAGUUACUCGCGUUGCCGUCAAUAUAGUAAUCUACGCCUAUCCAUGUUAAUAUACAGCGUUGGAAUUGAAAGCGACGCAAGAUCUUACCUUGUUGCCUGAGAUAAUGCAUGCGAGAGCUUCCCUAUGCUCUUGAGGAAGGUGUCAGUGUCUCUUAGUCAUAGCCAUAGUUAUAUCCUUAGACAUAGUGUUUGUAGUUAACCGCCAACUAGACGUGCAUACCUCAACAGGGCUAAUUGGAAAAAAGCCGAUAAAUUCAUCGUGUCAACGCGAUUAACGGAAUUCUUAGAUACCAAAAAGGCGAGCGGCGUUAUACCAAAAAUGGAUAUGAAAAUGGAGUUAGUGAGUCAGUCGCAAGAUAUGAGUACCGGUUCACCGUCAGAGGUGCCAAAUGAUCCAGGGAAAAUGUUUAUCGGCGGAUUAAGUUGGCAAACCAGCCCAGAAAGCUUACGAGACUACUUCAGCAGGUUUGGUGAUAUAUCAGAGGCUAUGGUCAUGAAAGAUCCAACGACGCGGAGAUCGAGGGGUUUCGGCUUCAUAACAUUCAGUGAUCCAGCCAGCGUAGACAAGGUUCUCACACAAGGUACUCACGAACUAGACGGUAAAAAGAUCGACCCAAAGGUAGCUUUUCCCCGCAGAGCACAUCCUAAAAUGGUGACGCGAACGAAGAAAAUUUUUGUGGGUGGGCUGUCCGCGCCCACAACACUGGAGGAUGUCAAAAGCUACUUCGAGCAAUAUGGACCGAUUGAGGACGCUAUGCUCAUGUUCGAUAAGCAGACCAAUCGGCACCGAGGUUUUGGCUUCGUUACAUUUCAGAGUGAGGAUGUGGUAGAUAAAGUUUGUGAAAUUCAUUUCCAUGAGAUCAACAACAAAAUGGUCGAAUGCAAGAAGGCGCAACCCAAAGAAGUCAUGCUGCCGGCCAACUUGGCCAAGACACGCGCUGCCGGUCGCUCUGCAUACGAUAACAUCAUGUGGGGACUGGGGACACUACCCGACGGAUUUCCGGCAGCCGCCUAUGCAGCCUAUGCAGCUGGACGUGGUUAUUCGGGAUAUCCAAGCUUCGGUUUGCCUUACCCUGCUGUGGAUCUAACUAAUGGACAACUAACGCCGAACAACAACACUCCUCUUCUCACUCAGGCUCUUUCAGUGAUGAACAACUAUCAAGCUGCCGCUGCAGCAGCCCAUAGCUUUGGACCUUCUGCUUCGCCACACACUGCGACCACGCGACAAGGCUUCCCUUCGACUAACUCUCCUGGGCCCACCAUUGACAUGUACAGCUCAACUGGCGCUGACAACGUCGGCUACGUACAGGCAACAAGCCCACAACCUUCUGGAUUUCCUAUAGCUGUGAGUCGGGCACCAUUAAACUAUAGCCCGGGACCACUGAUUCCUGCGGCCUUUACAAAUGGUUACCAUUAAAGCAUUGGCGUUGAAUUGCAACAUUUAAUACAACAGCAACCGCAACAACAACGUAUGAAAACCGCAGCUAACAGUUAAAACAACUAACAACCGUUAACGGGAUACAGCUUGGAUUAGAGGACACAGGAAAAGGUGGAAAAGUUACCAAAAACCAACACAAUUAAAUUAAUCUAUAACCAAUACACCAAAAACGAACAUACAUGCAUACAUAUACAUACAUACAUACAUACAUAUACAAAUAUACAUACUAAUAUUAAUAAUAAAUGAAGUUUAUAAAAAUGCAUAAGUGGAGAGCAAGCAAGCAUACAGAAAUAAAUUAAUAUUUAUUUAUAUACAUACACAUAUGUGCACAUGUACAUACAUGCAU